AUGAAGCAUCCACGGCGGUGCCUGGCGUUGCCGAUGGCGGCAGUUCUGCUUGCUCCUGUCUGCCACGGUGGGUGCCAUGUUCUCAUCACGCUGUACAACGCGACGGGCGGGCCCAAUUGGAAUUACAACGACGGUUGGGCCACGGAUGACAGCGACAUGACCUCCUGGUACGGGCUCUCCAUCAACGAGACAAGGUCGUAUGUCUCGAGCAUCUCCCUGAUUAGAAACAAUUUGCAAGGUGACCUUCCGCCAGAACUCGGCAACCUGACUGCGGUAGAAGACAUCUACCUGGGAAUCAAUUCUCUCACAGGUCCUAUCCCUCCCGAGCUGGGGAAGUUGCAGAAUCUGGAAAUCCUGAACCUAGGCACAAACUUCUUAACCGGCACUAUCCCCAAAGAGUUAGCCGAACCGAAGUUUCUUUCUGAGCUGGUCCUUGGCGAAAACGAACUCGACGGCGAGAUACCUCCACAGCUCGGGAAUCUGGAAGAGUUGCAGGCGCUCACCCUGCAGGACAAUCAACUCACCGGGGAAAUCCCUGUCUCCCUGGGGAAUCUUUCAUGGUUGCGGACCCUUAGUUUGUCGGACAACCUUCUCACAGGAGAAAUCCCUGAGGGGAUCGGCCAGCUAGUGGUCCGUGGAAGCCUCACUUGGUUUCUCUGGCUUCAAAACAACUACCUCACAGCGGGGAUCACGGCGGGGGUGGUCGUGGGCGCGGUGAUACUAGCCGGGGCGCUCAUCUUCUGCUUCAUGCAACGGAGGAAGAAUAGCAAGGACAGUAGCCGUGAUGCGGUGGCGUCUAGCGCGCACAAGUUCCCGCCGGCGUCGCCGUCGGCUCCUGCGGGCAAGGGGCUCUUGCCUCUGUCCGGCGCGCUCGGCGACACCUACGGCGACGGAGACGAGGAGAAAGCCUCUUACUCGUGGACGAGAGGAGACGGCGGCAUGAAUGGCGACAACGGCGGCAGAAGCGGAGGCGGCUCUUCCUUUUCACCAGGACCGCUCUUGACGACUGGGGCUGCGGCUCGCCUUCGCGCGUCCGCCUCCUCGUUCUCGGCCCUGAAUGUCAAGAAAAAUAGCAACGAUCGUGACGUCACUGAUGCUCUUCCAACGGCUUCCGCUUCGGCCACCGCCAGUGCCGUUAACGGUGGCAGCUCCGGCGUCACCAAUGGAAAGAACGGCGUCUCCUUGACCGAGUCUACUGUACAACAGUCUGCCUCGGGCAGUGUUGCGGAGGGGGUCGGCACGACGGCGCUAGAGAUGGCGACGGCGGCCUUGGCCAGCGCGGAGGCGUUGGCGCAGCAGUCAUUCUUCCCUGGGGUAAGGGAGGCUGCUUCUGUUGUGGCCGGGCUGGUGAGACUAGCGUCGGAUCACAAAAGCAACGGCAGGGAGUCGGAGAAAAGGGCGAGGUGGUGCCGAUCUAUCGUGCACACUCUGGAGCGAGCCGGGGAGGUUCUGGCAAAGGUGAAGGCAGGAAGGGGGGAUGAUCAGGCUGUGCGUGUUCUCCUCGACGAUGUCCAGGACUCCAUCGCCGACUUGCUGCAGAUUAUUGAGUCUUACAAGAGCAAGAACGCCCUGUCCAAGGUAUUCGUGUCCUCCCUUUGCAAGAAACGUCAGGAGGAGGCAGAAGUCGCCAUUAACGCUGCCGUGCAGCGGCUUCAGCUUGGUCUGCAAGUUCGCGUGGGUCAGGACCUGGCGUCCGUGGGAGAGGCGGUACAGGAAGGCCUCAACCUUCACCAACGCGCUUCCGAGGAGUCUGGGAUGGUGUCGAAGAAGAAACGCAGGCAGCACCGCAUGGAUCAGCUGGAAAUCCCCGCGUCGGACGUGGAAGUCACGAACGAAGUGCUGGGCAGGGGCGGAUUCGGCACGGUUUAUCUGGCCGACCUGCAUGGCCUCAACGCCGCGGCCAAGGUGGUGUCGCGGGAACACCAGCGGCAGCGGAGGAUGUUCAUGCGUGAGCUUGAAGCCAUGAAGCGCCUGAGGGGACCUCACACGGUCACUAUCUACGGUGCCGUGACCAGCCUUCCUGAUCGCCUCGUCCUGGUCAUGGAGCUCCUGCAGGGCGGGGAUCUACGCCAUCGCCUGAAGAAGGCGAAAGAGCCGCUGGAAGAGAAGGUUUUGAGGAAGAUCGUGAGGGACGUUUGCUGCGGGAUGGCCUUCUUGCACGCCAAGGCGACCGUCCACGGCGACUUAAAGUCGGCGAACGUUCUGUUCGAUGCCACGGGGAGGGCCAAGAUUGCAGACUUUGGAACAUCACUCUGGACGCAGCACACGACACGCCUGGCAACGUACACGACCAAACCGAGAGAAAUGAUCGGAAUGAGUCUUCCGUGGGCUGCUCCUGAGGUUUUGAAUCGACGAGGUUCCAGCUUCAAGGGCGAUGUGUACAGCUUUGGCGUGGUGGUGUGGGAGUGCCUGUCCCGCGAGGUUCCGUGGAAGGGGGUCGCCGGGGUGGACAAGCUCGUGCUGGCCGUAACUGCCGGAGAAAGACCACCCAUCCCCGAAAACGCCCCCCACGACAUCGCUACCCUGGCAGAAGCAUGCUGGGUUCAUGAUCCGGCCGCUCGGCCAACGUUCAAGAAGGUUCUGGCUGAUUUCAAGCUAGAUUCCAGCAACAACGAAAGCGGCAGCAGCAGCAGCAGCAACAACAACAACAACACAUCCCCCAGACCGCGUGAGGGGCAGGAAAAUAGCGACGAGAAAAUA